AUGCCGUGCCAGGGCCGCGCUACGGUGUCAGUGGUGCUCGCCUGCUCCGCACUGCGUUGUUGUUACCGUGACGUACUACGGGGAAUGGACCACUGCAAGAAUGCCAAGGCGACCGCCGAUACGCUGCAGCGCACGGACGUUUUUUUCCUGCUGCUCAGUGGAGACGUGAAGCUGAUCGAGGAGCGGCUGCAGGCGCGCCAGGGACACUUCAUGUCUACCUCUCUUCAUAGAUCGCAGAUGGCCACACUGGAGGCACUGCAGCCAACGGAGCUGGGUGCUACAGUUGACUUGGCUGACCCGCCACUGCUGAUCGCCACGAAGGCAGCCGAGCUGAUUCGAACCGCCACCACGUCGUCCCUCUGA